AGGUUCUCCCUGUUCCUUCCUUCUUCCUCAGUUCCUCUCAUUUUUUUUCCUUUUAUCUUCCAACCCCGGUCCUGCUCCUCCUUUCCUCUUCUUCUUUUUCUGUGCGCUGCCUGCCCUGCCAUGGUGGAAGAUAAAAAAAAAAACAAAAAAAAAGAAAAGCUAAACCGACGGUUCGGUUUCGGUUUCGGUUUGUGUCCGGUUUCGGUUCGAACCGACGGUUCGAAACCUAAUGGGCAAGUCUGUUGAUGAUAACGAUCAAGAUUCGAUUCAAUUACAUUCUUCUUCUUCUUCGUGCAAUACAAGACAAGAAGAGAUCAUUUGAACCGUACUAUAUAUUACAUUAUAUACAAUAUAUUUUUAUAUAGUAUUUGGCUACCUCUAAAUUUAUAUUGCAUCCACUUCAACAUAAUAAAAGAUAAAUUUUUUGUCCAUUUUCCAUUUUUUUUUAAAUUUUUUUUAAUUUUUAUAUUUUUCAUAUAUAUAUACAUAUAUAUAUAUAUAUAUUUCUUUAUUCGAGAGUUAAAUUAUUUAUUUAGAUGCUGGAAAAUAGGUCGCACCGCAAUAUUCAUUUGAUCGUGGCGAUCCUUUCAGCGAAGGUGAUUACAUAGCAAUUUCGGACGGAAUUAGGGUGAAGGGAUGAAUUAUUUACUUGGAGCUUUUAAGCCGGCAUGCAACAUUUCAAUUGCAUUCUCGGAUGGGAAAACUCGAAAGCAGGUGCAACUGAAAAAGGAGAAUGGUCAAACAGUAAUGGUUCCGUUGUUCCACAGCCAGGAAACGAUUUCUGGGAUGAUUUCUGUCGAACCAAUUCCUGGGAAGAAGGUUGACCACAAUGGGAUUAAAGUUGAGCUUCUUGGUCAGAUAGAAAUGUACUUCGACAGGGGCAACUUCUAUGACUUCACUUCUCUUGUUCGUGAACUGGAUGUUCCUGGGGAAUUAUAUGAAAGAAAAACAUUUCCAUUUGAAUUUUCAACUGUUGAGAUGCCUCAUGAGACAUACAAUGGGGUAAAUGUGCGUCUUAGAUAUGUCCUAAGGGUGACAAUAAGUCGGGGAUAUGCUGGUAGCAUAGUGCAAUUUCAGGACAUUGUGGUACGGAAUCACAGCCCUCCUCCCCAACUAAAUAACAGCAUUAAGAUGGAAGUAGGAAUUGAGGACUGCCUCCAUAUCGAGUUCGAGUACAAUAAGAACAAGUAUCACCUGAAAGAUGUAAUUAUUGGGAAAAUAUAUUUUAUGCUGGUGAGAAUAAAGCUCAAGAACAUGGAUCUUGAGAUAAGGAGGAGAGAAUCGACAGGGUCCGGGCCAAAUACACAUGUGGAGACGGAGACACUUGCCAAGUUUGAGCUCAUGGAUGGCACUCCCGUCAGAGGUGAGUCAAUUCCGAUCAGAUUGUUUCUAAGUCCGUAUGAACUGACUCCAACUUAUCACAACAUCAACAACAAAUUCAGUGUCAAGUACUUCUUGAACCUCGUGCUUGUUGAUGAAGAGGACCGUCGAUACUUUAAGCAGCAGGAAAUCACAGUGUACCGCCUCCCAUCCCCAGAAACAGCCACAAACUGAGAGAGAUAAGACAACAAUCAUAAAAAUUUUUUAUGCCAUUUAUUUUUCAUUCAUUAUUAUUAUUUUUUUUAAUAACAUGAAAACUGACCAUUACUAUCCUUUGGGUAGCAAAUCACUAUAGGGUACCACAAAAUUGAACUUAUGACGUCACGGUCAUGGCUCUAUUUUCACAUGGUUGAUUAGAACAGAUCAUUA